CUGAGACUGGCAAGGUCCAUGGAGGUGGAGAAGGCCUCCGCUUUCCUGGGUCAUUGCUCAGAGGAGAAGGGGAAGCAGAGCAGAAAAGGUGGCCCGUGGCGAGGCCUGGGGAGCAUGCAGGGUUGGACAUCAACAGGGAACUGAGACCGUGGAUGUCUGUGCCGGCUUGGGUGGUGGCUGUUCCUGCGGGUGCACCAUGUGCUGCUUUCCACCAGGGAAAGGCAUACUGUUUGCUAGCUUAAUGUGACCUGAGAACCAUGGUGUUGACGGUAAAGGGGCUAGUAAAACCUCGUGUCAUUUUAUAAUCAUGGUUAUUACCAAUAGCUUCAUUUGCAUCACAUGUCCAUGGCUAAGUACUGCAUAUGCUGUGGUUCAUACACUCUUGGCAGCCAUAUUUUAUAGAUUAAAAAGAAAAGCCCCAAGGCUCAGAGGAGUUAGCUUCAUUUGUUCAUAGUGAUAGUGGGGGAGCUUUGCGGCAAUCCAUCAGCACGCUUAUGCGCUCCAUCGCCGACCCUGUAGUUAAUCCUGAGUUUCCAUCCCAAUAGCUUUGUGAAGCCUAAUUGUUUAAUUUCUCAUCACCUCUACGUUUCCAUCAGUACACUGGCAUUAAUGGUGUGUAUUUUCAGGGUGGAUAUUAAGAUUCGCUGAGGCAACUACAUAAAAGGUUCACUCAGAAGAGGUGAACUGGAUAGCAGAGGCUAUGCUGCAUCUUGGUGUAAGACAGUGAGCAGGGUGGACAUGGUCCUUCCCUGUGUGCAGACAAGCCAUGUCUGCAAUGCUUAAGUUCCAUAUAUUGGAGGGACCUCGUAAACAAGGCUACUCAGAAGUGACAGGGCAGAAGGUAAGACUACUGCUUACUUCUGCCCGCCUUCAGACCGAGACUGAACCUCUCUUGAAGUGCUCCCUGGGGAGGGGCUGGUCCUGUGCAUUCUGCUGGGAGCCCACAUCUAGAGAGAGUGUCCACCCUUUAAUGAGAAGUAGAUGGAUACAGGGACUGGAAGGAUGGCUCAGUGGUUAAGAGCACUGGCUGUUCUUCCAGAGGUCGUGAGUUCGAUUCCCAGCAAGCACAUGGUAGCUCACAGCCAUCUGAAAUGGGAUCCGAUGCUCUCUUCUGGCAUGCAGGUGCACAUGCAGAUAAAGAGCCCAUACAUUAAAUAAAUAAACUGACUUUAAAUACAGGAGGACAGAAGGCAAGCUUUACAGUCUAAUCUUUCUACUUAUCCAUUUUAUGCUUUAACGUUUCCAGGUACAUCUUCUACGUGCUGGGUUGACAGUAAUUACUAAAAUGGGAAAAGAAAAUGCCUGCCUCUCAGAGGCAGGCAGAUUUCUGAGUUUGAGGCCAGCCUGGUCUUCAGAGUGAGUUUCAGGACUGCCAGAGCUAUACAGAGAAACCCUGUCUCAAAACAAACAAACAAACAAACAAACAAAAAAGCCUGCCUCUUGGAUCCAUACAGGAAAGAUCCCAUAGAUAAAUAAAUAACAUGAGUGCGUAGGAUAAUGGUAAGGGUUGUGGAGAACAAUAAAGCAACAGACGGGGACCCUGGAAUGUGGCAAGGUUGCUCUACAGUUUACGUUAGUCAAAUUAUUGUUGUGUGACAAUACUUAAGCACCUAAAAGGAGGAGAGGUUAAUUUGGCUCAUGAUUCUAGCAAACUGUAGUCGCUUGGUUCCCUAGUCCUGCUGGUGAAGCAGAGCAUCAUGGUUGAGUGCGUGUGACAGAGCAAGCGCCUUGUCUCAGAGCGGCCAGGAAGCAGAGAGAGAAAGAGUGGAAUCCCAAGAUCACCUUACCUGCAGGGAUCUUACUUCCUAAUGUUAGGUCCUUCCUCCUAAAGGUCUCACUGUCUCCCAACAGCACCACGGGCUAGGGACCAAGGCUUUAGCACGUGGGCUUUGGGGAAGACGUAUCCGAUCCAAAGCAUAACAGGCUGGAGAACUUACAUAGAAAAGAUGAUAGCUUAGAGAGAACCGAAUAGGUGCACUGAGAACAGCAGUGCCUAGGUCCCCAGGCAGGAACGUGCCCCCCCCCCCCCCCCCCGGUCAUCGAGGUAACACUCAUGUGGGUGUAAUACACUGAGGAAAAGAGUUAGGAGUUGAUGUAAUGGGUGUGUGCACGUAAACUCAUCAUGCAAAUCAUGAAGUCUUCAGUACCACAGUGCGAUUCUGACUCUGACCACCCUGAGCUAGGGCAGAGUUCAUAACGUGGAGCGCAUAUCCCAACAACCUCCCCCCGCCCCCCGAACUUCACUUGAAAGUCUCUGCUCUAGUUCAGGCGUUCCCGUGACCCUUUUGGAUUUGAUAAACUCAUAAAUGACUCACACAGGGUUCAGAAAAAUCCUAUACUUACGUUUUCAAAGAGACCUGUGGAUGGGGAUCUGAGAAGGGUCCAGGUGGAGCCUCUGUGGCCUCUGCUUGGGGAAUCAAGACUUCUAGCCUUCCUAAGACAUGCUGUGUUCACUAACCUGGAAGCUGCCAGGACCCUGAGUGUCUGGGGUGCUUACCCGAGUGUGCAGCCGCUAGCCUUCCUACCUCCUUGGUCAGCUGCACAUCUGUCCAGCUUAGCCACCUACUUACUGUCUACCAUAAGCCCAGGUGUGGAGCUGGGCUCAACAGCACACUCCUUUAAUCCCAACACUUGCAGAAUACAAAGAGAAGGAUUAGGAGUUCAAGGCUGUUCUUAGCCAUAUAGCCAGUUCAGACCAUUUUAGACGACAUGAAACCCUGUCUCAAAAACCAUACCAAACCAAACCAAAAACCCACUGUUGGUCUAGCAUGAGUAACAAAACUACCCCUGUCACUGAAGUCCCGAGAGCUUAGAAGUUCUAUCCCAGGAACUAGGAUAAAGACCAGCAAGCUGCUUAGUGGAAGACUGGGCUUUGAAGGAAUCCUCUGGGCCUGGGCUUUCUUCUGAAUGAUUUCAGAAGCGUUUGUGGGUCAGGGGAGCGAGGAGGUGGGCAGAGGAGUGAUGUAAUAGCUUUUCUGUUUGAACAACCCUACUCUGGCUGCUAUGUUAAGAGUAGACCUAGGAAGGAAGGGACAAGGACUUGUAAGUGGUCAUUCUAGUUGUCCGGGCAGACAAUUUGGUGGGUAGCACAAGGGACAGUUAGCACCAGGGGCACCCAUUUUUAGAGCAACCUUGAACAUAGAACUAGCAAUAUUGACUGGCAGCUUGGAUUCAAGGUAAGAAAGAGAAGUCAGGUGCUAAGUUUUGCCUUAAGUCCUGCAGCAGUGAAAUUGUUGUGUCCUGACAGUUGAGAGUCCAAGGUCAGGGUGAAAAGCAGGGGAUUGCUUUUGCUUUGGGGACUGACUGGUGCUAGAGAUGAGAUCCAGGGCUCCUCCGAUGCUGAGCACAUACCCUACUACUAAGCGAAAUCUCUAGCCCAGGAACUUAGUUUUGGACAGAAGUGUGAGAUGGCAAUUAGAUACCCAAUUGGAGAUUUUAAAUAGGCACUUUGAUAGAUGCAUCUGAGACUUGAGGGGGAAUUCUGAGCCAAGAUAGGACAUCAGAAGAAAUGGUGUCUAAAACCAUGUCUAAAGGCUCAGUCAGUAAAAUGCUUGCUACACAAAUAUGAUGAGUGAGUUCACAUCCUUAGGACACAUGUAAAAAGGCCGGUGUGGUAGCACAUAUCUAUAAUCCUAGCACUGGGGAGGGAGAGAUAAGUCCUUGGGUUUUGCUUGCCAGCUAGUCUUGUGAAUAUGUAAAUUACAGGUUCAGGGAGAGACCCUGUCUCAAAAAACAAGACAGAGAACAACAGAGAAAGAUACUCGAUGUUGACCUCAGGCCUCCACUUGUAACGGCACACAUAUGUACACAACUCUGUACAAAGGUACACAGACCGAAUGAUCAGAUAAGCAGCAAAAGGAGAGGACAGGCCCAAGGCAAACCCUGGAAACACACACACAGAAGCUUAGUCCUCACCUCUUGUAGCAGGCAGAGAGGAGUACAGAAAAUCACAACUAAUCAACCUGAACAGUGGGGCCCAGUCCCAAUGGAAACAGCAGCAGUGCAACUUCAGAAUCACAGACUAGGGACAGUUACGGAAGAGGGGAUGGGAAGACUGAGAGCCAGAGGAACAGGGAGUUAGUUAAGCUGUGAGAUUGUGUCUGCUAGGAGUGUCCGAAGCCACACUCAUUAAGUGUCACCAACAUGACUGCCUAAGUAUGAGGGGAACAAGGACAACCACGAGCCAUGCUAAUGUGAAUGGGGGAAGCCCAGGAGGCCUCAACUCUAUACAAAGAACUGCAGGCAGCUACAGAAUCCUGAGAUGGGGAGAAGUAGUCUUCCCAGGGAAGAGCACACCAACUGUACCUGGUACCAAAUGGUCAGCCCUGGAGACAUAUACUUAUAAGCAACAUUAUACAGACUGAACAGGUUGUAUUUAGGAGUAUUUAUGUUACACACACACACACACACACACACACACACGAAUGUAACAGCAAUCAAUGGAUGGGGCCAGGCCAGGGGGGAGGCUGUGAACUUGAAGGAGAGUAAUGAGGAGUCUAUGCGAGGUUUGAAAGGAGGAAAGGGAAGGUAGAAUGACCUAAUUACAUUAUAAUUUUUAAAAAGAUAAAGAGGGUAAGGAGUCAGGGAAAAACAUGUGCGGGGUCCCGCAGGCCCCGUGAGAAAAGCCCCAGCUAAGUCAGUGUUCAACUAGAGUUCUGCUGUGGUCCCUGAGGCAAGAUGGCUACGGAUUAGGGGUAGGCUCAACAGUAGAAUACACACAUGCCUGGCCGUGCAAAUUCCUAAGCCCAAUUCCAAGCAUGGAAAAAUGGUAAAUAAAUGCCUGACAACCCCCUCCUUAAGAGGAGGACUAAGCUGAGGCUGGUGGUUGUGCUCAGGAAUCUACCCCUAGCAUCUUAGUGAGAAGCAUCCUGGGAUGGUUUUGUGAGAGAUGGCUGGAUUGUGUACCCAGUUCUGUCUGAGGAGUUAGGGGUUUCACAGUGGCUGUCUGGGGUCAAGAGAGGAGAAGAUGCAGCUUAUUUGCAGGAAGAUGCCUGAGGGAGCAGCAUCAGUGUUAGAAAUGAAGGAUAUUUGGUCAGAAGGAAAGGAGACUCUGGGGGAAUGUCAUAACUUUCCUCACAUGCUUAAAGGACUAUCGUGUGGAAGAGAAUUAGAUUCAUUUUAUGUGACCCCAGAGGAAAACCUAGGAUUGAUGUUUAGGAGCCGAGAAAAGAAGGAUUACAGUACACACUGGAUUAGACUUCCGUGCGUGUAUUAUUUUCUCAUUUGGUUAAUCCCCACUCAAUGCCCAGUGUGGAACCAGCACUGACCGAGGCACCAAAGCAGAGCUCUGCUAAAAGCACACACAGCCCCUUUCAGAUAGUGGAGAGGAACUCAGUCAAGUGGCGUAGUGUGGGGUGGAAGUGCCGACCUGGCUGGGGUAGGGAGUGAGGAUUUGGGGGGUUCUAUGACUCAUAUGAGCAUUGGCAUAACUCCUGGCUAAGGGUAUUCUGCUGUCUGAUAGUGGAGGCUCAUCUCCAUCAAGUGCAGUAAGUUUCCUAGAUGGCAAGGCUAUGUAGGUACAGCCUUCAUAAAGAUGAUGUCUGAUAGACGACAGGUGUGGUAUAGUAUCACUUGCGGAGCAUUCUGGAUUCUCACUCCAGCCCUGGCAAAGCCAGUCUACUGUCUUCUGCCUGGUAGCUGGGUCCAGGAUUUGGGUAUCAAAUGAAUUGUCUCCUGCCUUGUGCCUCUGUCUUCUAGCUUUGCUCCCUUAAACCUGCCCUGACCAGGCCAUUUCUGUCCUCUGCCCGGGACCUUCUUUUGUGCUGCUCCUCCUCCUGAACCCUUUUCUACUUCCUCAACAGAUUUCAUUUUUCUUAUUUCAGGAAGUUUUCUGGAACUUGAGGUCCUGAUUCUGUGAACUUUUUCAUAAUCCCUGGUCCAGUGGUCCUUGAAUUUCUCAGGUGUAUUGUGAGACAGGUCUAAUUUAACAUGGAAGGUUGGUCCUUAGAACACUGUAAAUAAGGAGGGUGGAAGGAGAAGAAGAAGGGGAGGAGGAGGAAGAGGAGGAGGGGGAGGGGGAGGGGGAGAGGAAGAGGAAGAGGAAGAAGAAGAAGAAGAAGAAGAAGAAGAAGAAGAAGAAGAAGAAGAAGAAGAAGAAGAAGAGAAAGAAAGUUUCUAGUUGUACCUCUACUUGAAAUUAAUAUCAUCUUCAUUCUACAAAGCAUGCAUGUUGCCCCAGGUUGACUGGCCCAGUAGGCUGCUUCCUGGAUACACUUGAGCACCUCACUUCGCUGCCUCUCUGAUGGGAAAGGAAAGCGCUAAGACAGGACAGCCUUUGUUCAGCCUGAAUGUUCUGAGCUUUAACUGCUGGACCUAUGAGGGAAGAAAUAGACCUAUGCCCCACCUUCCAUGAAGCCACAGUUCUAGAUUCACAGGACACCAAAGGAGGGACGUGGGGAAGUGAAAUGGAAUGACCACAAAGGAAAAGAAAAUAUGCCCCUUUGUGUGUGUCCAAGAAUAACAAAAUGUUUGAUUUGUCAACUCAGGGAAGGUCCCUGAAAGACCACAAGUAAACCCUUUAGCAGUGAAUCUCCGUUCUGGGUGCUGCUGUAAGAGCGGAGAGAUGUACUUGCUCUCCCGGUAGGAGGGUGACUACAAGGCUAGGAAGUGGCGUGCUAUUAGGCAAGCUUAAGAAGUGUUUCGGAAUGUUGGGGUGAUCAUAGGUAGCACAGUCUUAUGGGAUCAGUCUCACUCCUCAGAGAAUAGAGAAAGACAAGAUGGACGUAUUAAGGGGGAAAUAACACAGCUGAGCCCAGAGAUUCCAAGAGGAGCAGUCUGGUGGGUCUUGCCAGGGAAUGUUUCCUGCAGAGGAGGCAUUUAGGUUGUAUUUAGGGAGAAAAAAAAACCAAAAACUUGGACUAGCAAGCAAGAGGCAUAAUGAAUAAGAUAUUUGUCAGGCGCUGGAAAUGGGGGACAGAACUAACUUUGAGGUUCAGCUCAGUUCUACAAAUGCUACUCGAGAGUCUACCAAGACCAAGCUAUCAUGGCCAUGUGCAAAGGUGAGUUAAGACUCCUGUCCUCCAACAGCGCACCAAGGUUUCACAGAAUAAUGGGAUACACGUGAUCCCUAAGAACUCUGUGGUGGCCUUGGCCCAGGCUGAGUCUUAGAAAGGCUCCUAGGCACCAAGCCAGAACUGCAUCUUGAAAGAUAAAUAGAAAGGAGCAAAGGGUAGGACAGGGAGCUUCCCGAGGCUGGAUGCUGGAGUAGGAGGCUUCUGGUUGGGCAGGACCCUGACAAGUUGAGAUUCCUCAAAGGUGAAGAAGUGGACACUGGGAGGCGUGGAAGCGGAUGCUGAAGAGGUAAACAGCAAUAGCUUUAGGUAAGACACGACCUAAUCUGUCCCUCAUCUGAAGUCAGUGGAGGACUGCUGAAAGAUUUUGUACUGGGCAGUGAUGUCACCGGGCUUGUGCUUUAGGAAGAUCAUCCUGGCAGCUGUGUGGAGAAUGGAUUUAAGAGGAGCAAGCUGGAAGGAGGGGACCAUUAGGAAUGUAUUGCAACGGUCCUAGGAAGCAAUGGAAAAGAUUUUAACCACCGCAGUGAGGGAGGAGAUGAAGAUUUAAAAUUGGAACCUGUUUUGGAAGGGUAUCAGUGAUACCUGUCAUGAAGUAGUCUUGGUUGAGCCUCGGGAAUAAAUGAGGGUGGAGCAGUCUUAGGGUCUUUGCACAGAAAGAUUAAAGAAAUGAAGCUGAGAAUCAUCUCACAUCACAGAAGUCAUGGCCCUUGGUAAAGGAGGGAGGGUCUUCAAAGACGGUGCCCACGGCCUCUAUUGACUGAGGCUGUGUGACGGUGAGUAAUUCCUGAGAAUCUCUGGCUGAGGAGCAAGGGCUUGGCAGGUCUUCAGGUUUAAAGCCAAAAUCAGCACCAGGAGCGGGGAGUGGGAGCUGAGGGGCAUGUGCCUGUGUUGGAGGGCAUCAACAUUUCAUGCAGGUCUUUUGCAGGCACAGAACUGCAGGGUGUGGUUGGCAUGGAGACAACACUUGAGCAGGAUUCUAGCACUCGCUCGACAUGAUCCCUAGGAACUCCAUGAUGGCCUUGGCCCAGGCUGAGAGUUAGAAAGGCUACAUUUCUGGUUUUGUGGUUAACUGGUUCUUUGACUUGAGACUUCAGGAGACUCAGGUCUCCUCUUUUGACCUUUGAUUUUUUUUUCUCCUUUGUACACUAAAAGGAUCCGAUUAGAUUAGCAGAUUUUCUUUAAUGUGAAGUUUCAAAAUUCUGGAGAAUAUGGUCAGAUAUUAAGCCUCACACAGACGAGGCUGGCCUUGAGCUCAAUGCUUGUAGGAAAGUGACUUUGAUUUCACCAUGCUCUUGCUUCCACUCUUCCAAAUAUUUUUGCAGAGUUAAGUAGCACCAUAGGUGGCUCUAGCACAGAUCUUAGUGGGGAGAAGGAACGUCUGUUGUUCCCUGUAAUUCCCUGCUCCCACUUGCAGCUCUCACCAUCCUUUUUUAUUUUUUAUUUUUUACUUUAUGUUUGUGAGGACACUGAAGCUGUACAGAUGGUUGUGAGCCUUUGUGUGGCUGUUGGGAAUUGAAGUUUUAGGAUCUCUGCUCGCUCCGGUCGGUUGCAUCAGAUCUCAUUACAGGUGGUUGUGAGCCACCAUGCAGUUGCUGGGAUUUGAACUCAGGACCUUUGGAAGAGCAGUCAGUGCUCUAAUGCAGUCAGUGCUCUUACUGCUGAGCCAUCUCGCCAUCCUUAAAAAUAGACAAUAAGCUAUUGCUUUUAAUGGUUCAGGGUCACAUAGCAAAUGUCUGUAGAUGAUAAAGUGGGCAUUAGUGAAAGAGAAACAGUGGCUAUUUUAUUACUUUGCAUAAUCCCUUUAAAUGCUCAUAACUCAGCACUGCCAAUAAUCAAUACACGGCCACAGCAGCAGCAGCAGUAGAGGAGCCGUGCCCACGCUGGGAGCUGCUUAUCUCCUCUGGGGAGGAAUGCGGUGAAGAGGUGUGUCCUUCUUCCUCCGGGUCUCUGGCUUUUCCUAAUCCACCCUCUCUUCUUGUUGACACUUUUCCUGAGAAAGAUAGAAAGGCAACUUAAUAAAACCUCUUCCUUUCCCACAUCAGCUACAAGAUGAAGUCCUUAGGUGGCCACCAGGCCACCCACACAUCAGCCUCUGCCUGCCUUCCUCCACACCAGGAUCCUUGUAAAUGCCUUCACCUGCUGUGUGGUCCUGCAGACUGGAACGGAUACACCCUUUCCUUCCUCUCGGAGUCCACGUCCCUCCAACCUAUGAACCCCGAUGAUUGAAACAUUUCAUGUUCCUUCCACUUCUUUGAAGGCUGUCUUAGUUUUACACUCCUCUGGAUCCCCCCAGAUGUAGUGUGGCUGUUCUACAUGUAGUAGAAGCAAGAAGAAGCUGUGCCUACUUCUUUCCCCUACUUACACCAGGUUAUCUCUAUUACCCCUGUGAUGGUCAAACUGACCACCCAGAACGUGAGAGUCCGUGUGAUCUGAUCAGCGCCAUCUCCUCCACCCCAUCCCUUGCCCUGUCUCUUUAAGUGCAGGUGCCUCAGUUCACCACGUGUCCUUCCGUUGGACAUAUUCCCCCCAAUCAUUUGUGGCUUCAUGAGCACCUCCUACACUUUACAUCUUUGACUGACUCCUCUCUGCCAGCCUCUCAUUCUUUGUCCUUUCACCUAGAACCCCAUACUGUAUUUAUAUGCAGAAGUCUGUAUUUACCUGUAAAUCCCUGAGAGGGGAAAAUACGGGAACUCUACCUUUUUUUUUUAAGAUUUAUUUAUUAUAUGUAAGUACACUGAAACUGCCUUCAGACACUCCAGAAGAGGACAUCAGAUCCCAUUACGGAUGGUUGUGAGCCAUCAUGCGGUUGCUGGGAUUUGAACUCAGUACCUUCGGAAGAGCAGUCAGUGCUCUUAAACACUGAGCCAUCUCUCUAGCCCUGGCUCUCUACCUCUUAUCUCCAUCCCAUAACAGUGCUGGACAAACGCACAUACAGGCAUGCCCACAAGUGCGCGCACGCGCACACACACACACACACACACACACGUACACUUACACACUACAGUAAAUGCUUGUUAUGUACUAUUGGGAUGGCUCCAUUAGUAAAGACACUUGACGCCAAGCCUGGGGUUUGAUUCCUGGAAGCCAUGUACAGGUAGAUGGAGAGAACUGACUCCAUGAAGUUGUCCCCUGACAUCUACCUGCAUGUGUGGAAUGCAUGCCCACCCCUCCCCUUCCCUCUCCCCCCUCACACCAUGCAUAUCCACACAAUCCCUCUUACAAUAAUGAUAAAGUUUUACUUUUUUGUUGUUGUUUUGGUUUGGGGUUUGUUGUUGUUUUGGUUUAUUUUUGUUUGUUUGUUUUGAGACAGUUUCUCUGAGUAGCCCUAGCUGUCCUGGAACUUGCUCUGUAGACCAGGAUGGUCUGGAACUCACAGAGAUCCAUCUGCCUCCAUGUCCCCAGCACUAGGAUCAAAGACAUGGCGCUACCACCCAGCACACUUACUUUUUAAGUAGAUUUACUUUUUGUGAUUUUGUGUGCCCCGGCCAUGCCUUAUUGUUCUCCAGACACCAAUAUACUUGCUGCCCACCAGCCUCUGUGUCAGAAGGCACACACUGUGUUACAUGUGCUGGCUCAAGGAGGAAAAUCCAGUUCUUUGCAAAAUUCUCAGGUUCACUCUUACUUUAUUAUCAUCAUCAUCACCAUCAUUAUUUUGAGGUUGGGUCAGAACUGACUUGAAACUUGUAUUUUAAAAUCUGUUUUAUUUUUGUAUGUAUAUAGGAGUGUUCUGUAUGCGUGCUUGAGCCAUAAAUGUCAAAAGGAGGGCAUCAGAUCCUCUGAGGCUGGAGUUACAGACAGUUGUGAGCCACCAUAUGGGGGCUCACCAGGAUCUUUUUCAAAGAGCAGUAAGUGCUCUUAACUGUCCAGCUGUCUGUCCAGCCCUGACUCCAACUCUGUAUAACUAAGGCUUAACUGCCUGCCUCUACUUUCUGAGUGAUGGUAUUAUGUAUGUGUGCCAUUGUGCCCAACUCUUCCUUUUUCCUCUUUUAUCACCAUCGAAAUUAAUGUCUUUGAAGGUUUUGUGGUCCAUGUCCAUCAUCCCAGUCAUCAGAAGGCUGAGGCAGGAGGAUCACUGUGUGUUUAAGGCCAGUCUAGGCUACCCAAUGAAGCUCUGUCUCAGAAACAAUGGGCAACCAAGCCAAGACAAUUUCUCUCCUACGCACCAGAGUGGAUGCUUGAUUAGAUAGAGCUUCAUUGCUAUGAAUGCCCAGAGGCUAUGCCUUAUUCACCCCCUCAUCCCCACAGCACUGGCCAUAAAGUCUUCGUGAAGUGGCCCCUAGUGGAAGAGCAAAGUAGUUAGAUUCACCUGCUUAGGUUUUAGGGUUUCUUUUCUUUUUUCUUUUACUGGAUCUUGGACAGAAGGGAUGGGAAGAGUGGUCAGCUCGGUUGAAAUGAAGGUGUAGAUGAAGAUAGAGCCAAAUGGAAGACUGACUCAAGUUGACGCUCACAGAAGUUAUAAACAAGAGUUCUCACUACUGAGUCCUGUGGCUAUUUAUGUAAGCAUCGACAUCAUUCUUGCAUUAUUACUCAAGUUUUGAUGAUCUUAAACACAUACCAGAUGUGGGGGAAUGUGCUAAAACUGUUAGUUACAUCUGUUCCCCACCUCAGAGGUUAGGACAGUAUCCCUUCCCCUCCCCUCCAGGUCACUAAUAUGCCUGAGGACUGGUCAUUAGACUCAGUGAUUUCCAGUGAGUCUCUCUGGCUUCAAAAACACUCUGGCACCUGGGAGUUUGAGGUCAUUUUCAAGAUCUGUCCAGCCCAUUUACUUAAUAGAGGAGGAAAUGAGAGCUGGGGAGCAUUGCUGGCCUUCGUGCCUACUUCCUGGCAGAGUGGGUUGCCCAAUCCAGGUCUUGCGAUCCAAUGAAAUUGUUGAUGAUGUUGUUGAUGUUGUUGAUAUUGUUGAUGAUGAUGAUGUUGAUGUUGUUGUUGAGGUACGUACAAAGAUGGACUCCUGGCAUUUGUACAUUCUAGGCAAGCACUCCACCACUGGGAUGUGCCCUUAUUCCCCAGCAGACACACCCCCCUUACUAAAAUCUGCCCCACUGAUUUGUCCUUAGAUUUCCUUUGUCUUCAUCAAUUCUGUUUAUUCAGUAAAUGGUUACUUUAUCAGAUAGCCACUCCUGCAGAGAGCGGUAAGGUCAACAGAGAUGAUCUUGUCUUGGCAAGGUCACCCCCUAUCUGGAUGUGGGGGUCUUACAUAUAGGAACCUUCCUUUCAUGGACCAUUUCGCUGUCUUCUUCAGUGGCUUUUCUGCCACCAGUUUCUGGGAUUAUUUGCCACCCCUGUUACAUCUGGGAUGAAACUGAAACUUACCAGUUCCAGUCUUCACUUGGCUGAACCUAGAUCCAAGCACUCACAACUCUGCCACCCUCAGAAAGCAGGAGAGUCAAAACAGCCCUCUGUCGCCUAACCUUGGUAGGCCAACCAGGGAAGGCAGAAGCAUGGAAAAGCAACAAGCCAGGGAUGGGGAGGGCCCUCUCCUCAGUGCCUGGAAUCCUACAUUUGCUGUCGUUACCCACAGCUGUUUGAAGCUCCUUGGUCCCCUGAGGUUCCUUCUACUUCGUUAUAGAAGAAACAUAUCUUAAAUUGCUUUUGCAGCUCUGUCAGAGAUGCGGGGUUGUCUAACAGAGAUGCCGGCGGAAAGCAAGAGAGAGAGAGCUCUGCAUUUGUUACAGCUGUUCCUCACCUCAGAGGUUUGGGCGGCAUACCCUCUCUAGACCACCGUCUAGGCACCAUCUGGGGAAGGCCAGCAUGCCAGUAAUUUGUGUGCCUCAAAACCACUUUAUUGGCCUCUCGUGGCAUUGAAAGUCAUGUAAUUAUGAGCAGAAUUUAUAUGUUUCCAGGGCUGCCUAGGUACCCUCCCUGCGUCUCCUUCCAGGCACUGCAAAUAUUGAAGGUUGGCUAAGAAAAGAAUCAAACAUACCCACCUUUAUUAUCUGUGCACCCUGUAGAUAAGGUUUUAAUUGAAAAUUGGUUCAUCUAUUCCCUAUGCCUAAUUACAAGCUGCCUGCGAGGCCCGUGGAGCUCAGGAAUAGGAGCUCAGCACUCGCAGAGAAGACCUGAGCUUGGGGGUCUUUAAAUGAAGUGUAUCUACGGCUGAAUUCCGUACCCAGGACUGAAGCCUUCUGGUUGUCUACGCAUAAGCAAGCUCUGGGUUUUCCUCACCACCUUAUCCCAGUGUCCAUGCCUAGGACUUCUUCCGUGGGGACAGGAUGUAGCUCGUGCCUGCUUCCUCUCGGCCACUCUCCAGGGACACGCCCCUCCCACACCAUCCUCUGCACUGCUUUCCUUCCAGGCAGAUGUUCCCGGCCUCUCUAUCUAUCAUCACCUUCCCCUGCACAUUUCGGGGCUUGUCUCGCGGCCACCCAUACCCUUCCAGGGUAGUCCUUCCCCCAGGCUCAACCCUGCUUCUUCCAUACCUCUUUCUCUAAUAAGCCGUUGCAGUAGUCAUGGCAGAUCUUGGGCCCUGGUGUCUCCAGGUACUUGUUUCCCUCACCGGGCUGUACUGUCCUUUACCUUCCCUGACUCUUCCUUCCAGGGCACCGGUUCUGCCUUCAGGGAAGUGUUCAGCAGAGUGGGGGGAGCCUGGAUUUCAGGCCCUCUCUGGAUUCCGAGAGUUGAUCGCCAGAUGGCAAAGCAAGAUAGAUCAAACUGGCUGUCUUGCUCAGGCACCCAGGAACUAUCUUUGUGGAUGCUUCCUCCGUCCUGGCCUGCCUCUGUCUUGGCCCCACUCACAUAUCAUUGCUGCCAUGUUUGACUCCAAGGAUAAUUCUCCUGCCAGAGAGCAGGAGGAAGAAUUCAUCUUCUAGCUGCAGGCGGGCGGCUGUGAAAUACGAUUUCUAAAGUGUUUAUAAUGCACCAUGUUUAGAUAGCACUUUACAUCUUCCAGAGCAGCUGGCUGAGCAGUGGUGCUGCCCAGCUGGACCAGGGACUCGCCUCAAACACAGGAGGCCUAGCUUUGGUGCCUCAGUUUCUCCUUCUGAAACACCAAGGAAACCAUUAAGUCUUGACCUUCUGCUAGGAUAUGAAAUAUGAAAUAUGGCCUCUCUUUCCCGACCCCAUCCUCUUUGUUCAAACCUGUUUUCUCCUUACCUCAUCUUCUGGACCAUGCUAAGCAUUCCUCCACUGCCCACCAAACCCACGGAAGUGCCUGUAGGUGGCCGGAGUCUAGAUAACAGAAAGCCCGCUGCGCUUUCGAGCUCUCGAAGCUGAUGGACUAGGCGUAUGUGGCUCUUGCCUCUGUCACUGUGGGCUAAGAGAAGGCAGCUGGCACUCCCUGUUGUUUGGGGUCAGGGAACCCCAAACUCCUGUGGGUUGUGGAUUCCCUGUGGGCCCAGCUAAUAUCGAUGGACACAGAAGACAUACUUAGCCUGUUUGUGGUGGUUUGCGCAGGGCCCCUAAGCCUGUAGCCUUUGAUCUGAGAACUAGAACCUUUCUUAGCCACCACACUUCCUGAGCCUUUCACAUACAUAUGAAAUAAAUAGACUUAUCUCUCUUUUUAAACUUUCUUAUUAAGUCUUUGUGAGUUUCGCAUCACGCACCCCAAUCCUGCUCAUCUCCCAGCCCCUCCAUAUCUGCCCUCCACCCUUGCACCCUUUUAAGGGGAGCCCUUAAAAAAAAAAAAAAAAAGAAAAAUUUCACCAUGGAAGCUGUAGUGCGUCACACAUUACACCCUUUUGCCCAGAUAUUUACUUGCAAAUGUUCUGUGCAGUGAGUCACGGUCUGGUUCGAGGUCUUUGGCUUCUGUUACCCUAUCAAUACUGGAACCUCACUGGGACUCCUCUCAGAUAUCCUGUUGUUGUUUUGUGUCAUGGAGAUCCUGAAGCUGUGGUGCUACAGGACUGGCCCCUUUGUUGUGCUUCCGCAGUUCAUAAGUGGGGUAGAUGCUGGGGUGGGCCAACUCAAAGCCCUGAUUCUGGGCCUGGGUGGUAGCUGAGUUGAUCAGCCUGCCAGCUCUCCCACACCCAAGCCACCAGGGCUAAGUCUCCUGCCUCGCUGAGGGGCAGAGCUAGCUGUCCAGCAAGGCCAGCUUCUACACCCAUGCCACCAGGGUCAGCUCUUCCACACUGCCCAGGCAGGGGGCAGGGCCAGCUCUCCUGAGUGCCCAGGGCCACAGCAGGAAAGGGACAGAGGAAGUACCCUUGUCUCUUUACUCCUUCAGGCCUUUUGCCAGAUCUAGAAUUCUUCUCUGCUUACAAACCACUAAGUCUUUUCCCACCAUCUAUCCAAAGACCAGGGGAAUCCCAGGGUGAGCUGGAGAAUGAAGAAGGAAAGGAGAUGUUUCCGUAGCCAUUCCAGUUUCCCCCCUUGCUCCUUCCCAAAAGUUAGCUGCUCUAACUGUGACAGUGUCUGCCUCCCAUACUGCCCUCUUUGAAACAGCUCCCCACUCCACCACUACCCCACCCCACCCAGUUCCAGGCCACUGCAAGGCCCAUGAUUAUUCUGCAUUUGUAUGGGCAAUCAUAUUAAUCUGUAGGCAGUCUGGGGUUCCAGGAGACCUCCUGCCUUUGGCAAUAACAGUUCAGAGUCUCAGAACCUCAACGCACUCGAUCGAUGCUGCUAGUCACCAGGGGGUGUACUCUAACCUUUCAUGGUGACUGUGUUUCUUCAGACAAUUCCCCAGUGAGUUAUCGGGUAAAGAGACGUCUUUGGUUCACAGGGCAGGUCAGGGAGGUGUUUUUGGGAGGGAUAGAUAUUUCAGCUGUCCGCCUAACGUUCUUCAUGGAGUGCUGAACUUUAGCCACACUUGUGGCACCUGUGUCUGGACAGUGGUGCCUUGUAGUAGAGUCAGGCCUAAGGGCUCGGGGCUUGUUUGCACUUUGUGCUGCUUGCUGCUUUCAGGUUUUGUAGUGCCUGAGGGAUGGAUACUUCUCCCCUGCCCUCAACCCUAUCAGUCCUUUCACUUCCCAGAAGGACAGUUUCUUACCAGGUUUUCCCUCUGGGUCGCUUGUGUUCCAGUCCUUUUAUAGAUGACACCAUAGCUGAGGAAUUAUCAAGAAUCCUUCCUUAUUGUUCUGAACUUUCUCGCUGUCCUUCCCUCCCUCUCGGCCCUCUCCGGGCUUCCAGGGCCCACUUCUGUCAUUGAGGAAUGCAUGGAGGCCAUUAGCCAAGAGCAGAGCCACAUGCUCUGCUCCCCUCCUCCCAAGUGCUCCUCAUUCCACUGAUAGCCGGCCAGAGACUGCAGGUCCCACCCAGGGGCUGGAGACGUCCAGUUGGCUUUUGAUGCUGCUUGCCUCCAGAUUCGGAACUGAGUGCAGAUGUUCUGGGCUCAAAACAGUUUAGGUCAAAGAACGGUUCGAAUCUAGAGAGAUGGCUGAGUGGUUUAGACUACUGGCUAGUUUUCUGAAAAACCAGAGUUCUAUUCUCAGCACACACAUGUUGCCUAGCAACUGUCCUCAACUUACUCUUAGGGAGCCUGGCACCUUUUUCUGGCCUCCUUGGGCACUAUAUACACGUGGUGCACAGACAAACACAAGGAAAAAUACCCAUAUAUAUGAAAAAGAAAGGAUGCUGCUGAGGCCGGAAGUGGUUUUCUUUAUCAGUUUCCCUGAGAUCUUGGUUAGGGAGACAUCUCUCAUGAAUGUAUGUUCCAGAGGAUGUCUGGAUGGCUCUUUCCCUAAAGAAGGAACCACAGUACAUUUACACAAUGGAGUACUACUCCUCUAUUAAAAACAAUGAAUUUAUGAAAUUCUUAGGUAAAUGGAUGGAUCUGGAGGAUAUUAUCCUGAGUGAGGUAACUCAAUCACAAAAGAACACAUAUGAUAUACACUCACUGACAAGUGGAUAUUAGCCUAGAAACUUAGAAUACUCAAGAUAUAAUUUGCAAAACACAUGAAACUCAAAAAGAAGGAAGACCAAAGUGUGGAUACUUAGUUCCUCCUUAGAAUGGGGAACAAAAUACCCAUGGAAAGAGUUAUAGAGACAAAGUUUGGAGCAGAGCCUGAAGGAACGACCAUCCAGAGACUGCCCCACUUGGGGAUCCACCCCAUAAACAAUCACCAAACCCAGUCACUAGGCAGAUGCCAACAAAAGCCUGCUGACAGGAGCCUGAUAUAGCUGUCUCCUGUGAGGCUCUGCCAGUGCUGGGCAAAUACAGAAGUGGAUGUUCACAGUCAUCCAUUGGAUGGAGCACAAGGUCCCCAAUGAAGGAGUCAGAGAAAUGCCCAGGGAGCUGAAAGGGACUGAAGCCCCAUAGGAGGAAUAUCAAUAUGAACCUCCAGAACUACUUGGAACUAUAUCACCAAUCAAAGAAAACACAUCGUGGAACUUGUGACUGUAGCUGUAUAUGUAGCAGCGGAUGGUCAUCAAAGGGAGGAGAGGCCCUAGGUCCUGUGAAGGCUCUAAGCCCCAGUAUAGGGGAAUGCCAGGGCCAGGAAUGGGAGUGGGUAGGUUGGGGAGAAGGGGAAGGGAGGGGGAUAGGGGAUUUUCAGCGGGGAAACUAGGAAAGGGGAUAACAUUUGAAGUGUAAAUAAAGAAAAUAUCUAAUUAAAAAAGAAAGAAAGAACCACAGCUAACUCCAUCACCCCACUCCAGGAGCUAAGGACCCAGCCUACCAUGUCCAUCACCCAUGCCGGUAAUCAGAUCUGGCUGUGACAAGAGCAGGACAUAAUACUUACCUCCUUUCUCAGGCGCCACAGGGACAGUUCCAGAAAGAUGUGGAAGGCUCCGAGGGAGAUGUCAGAAGGAAGACCAGGGCUCAGAGGGAGGAGCCUGCUCCAGAGAAGGGCAGGACGAUGGGAAAGGGCUCUGGAGCAGCUCUGUAUGGCUCCAUCUCCACCACAGCCUUCCUGCUGGCUCCUUGUAUACCACGGGGCUGGAAAGCAGUCAGAGGCAGAAGAUGUCAGGUUCUGCCAAGUCAACUGCAACUGACAGAUUUCUGUCUGUUCUAACUUGCCUCUGUUUGCCUACCUCACUCUCAUUGCUCUCUGUCAACAUCAGAUUCCUUUGUCCUGAGCCUCACAUCCUUGUAACAGAUCCCCAGACCUCUCUGUACUCCCAGGUUUUAGGACCAAACCACUGGGACACUGAAUUCACAUUAGCCUGAGAGUUAAGUUGACACCUUCUAUUUGUCUCUGCGUUCAAUGACCUCUGUGAAUUUAGAGUCUCCAUCCAGGUGUAUGAGGGCAGAAAAAAAUAAGGGGUGGACUCAAUUGAAGUAAGAUUAGAGGGAACAAUAAGAGCUGGUAUCUGGGAUUGGCUGGUGCUUGGUAAAGGCACAGAGACAGGAAGGAGGGUCAGACUCCAUAUUAGGGUUGCUUGUAAGAAUGAGGGUAAGGCUUAGGACUUUACUGACUCAAUAAAUAUCAUUUGGUAACUCAAGCUGUUCUUGGCACUAAGGUGACUUGAGAUGUGUUGCCUUCAAGACAAAUAUAUUCUACUUAAGAUUUGGUGUUAAGGUGAUUGCUAGGGUUGGUUUACGAUGAAUUAGUGUUGGGUUGAGGUUGGGUUAGGGGUAAAGAUUCGAGCAGGAAUAUAGAGCCAUAAUGGUGGUGUUGAUGUGGUUUCUGUGUAAGUUUCUUCUUCCAAAGCUUUGUUUAAUUCUCUUCUCCCAGUGCUUACUCAAGCUUGUCCAUGCCGCCUAAGGCUUGCAGGACUUACUGAAAUCCUUUUAAUGACAGUGGCCAUCUGUUAGCCCUCCUAGCUAUCAGCCCUUUCCCCUUCUCCUCUCCUCCUCUGCUUCCCCCAGCAGGGUGUCUGCAUUCCUGGGGUUGUGGCUGAGUCUCUCUGACCCUUAUGUCUUAUUUUUAAUCUGCUUAGAAUUUCUAGGAUGACCCAUUUGUAGCACACUCCCCUCCUCCUUCCCCGACCCCCACUGCCCCCCCCUUUAGUUUCAGACUCCUGUAAGUCUACUUCUUGAUGCACACAGGGUCCUUUUGUCUUUAUUUAGUUUGGGUUUUCACCACACUCGGGGGAGCUGGUCUCUCCUGGUUGCUCCUCUUGACUUUCCCCCUUUCUUCCAUUUCUGAAAUCCUUGAAGUUCCCUGUUCCUGAGCUUCACUCUGCCUCUGCUCCUCUGUCUGUUCCUUCAACGCAUGCUCCCACCUCGUCCAUCCUCACUGUAUCUGGGGAAAUGUCCUACCAUCUCCUUCAUCAGCCAUUGAAGGCAGAUCUCCCUGGAGGAAGCAUGGUCAUUCAACGAGGAGCAAGUUGCUCUGCACGAAGCUGUCCCUUCUCAGGGAUACAGCUUUGGCUUUGCCCGGGACUCAGACUCGCUUCAGCCAGGAGCCAGCUGAUCAGACUGUGGUGGCCGGACAGCGGGCGGUGCUCCCGUGUGUGCUCCUUAACUACUCUGGGAUUGUACAGUGGACCAAGGACGGGCUGGCCCUGGGUAUGGGCCAGGGCCUCAAAGCCUGGCCACGGUACCGGGUCGUGGGCUCUGCGGAUGCUGGGCAAUACAACUUGGAGAUCACAGAUGCCGAGCUGUCUGAUGACGCUUCCUAUGAGUGCCAGGCCACGGAGGCUGCCCUGCGCUCUCGGCGGGCCAAACUCACCGUGCUCAUUCCUCCAGAGGAAACAAGGAUUGAUGGGGGCCCGGUGAUUCUGCUGCAAGCAGGCACCCCCUACAACCUCACGUGCAGAGCAUUUAAUGCCAAACCUGCUGCCACCAUCAUUUGGUUCCGAGAUGGGACACAGCAGGAGGGGGCUGUGACUAGCACGGAGCUGCUGAAGGAUGGGAAAAGGGAGACCACAAUCAGCCAACUGCUCAUUGAGCCCACAGACCUAGACAUUGGCCGCGUAUUCACCUGUCGCAGUAUGAAUGAGGCCAUCCCCAAUGGCAAGGAGACAUCCAUUGAGCUUGAUGUGCACCACCCUCCCACAGUGACUCUGUCCAUCGAGCCCCAGACAGUGCUGGAAGGCGAGCGUGUCAUUUUUACAUGCCAGGCCACAGCCAACCCAGAGAUCUUGGGCUACAGGUGGGCCAAAGGGGGCUUCUUGAUUGAAGACGCCCAUGAGAGUCGCUAUGAGACAAACGUUGACUAUUCCUUCUUCACGGAGCCUGUGUCUUGUGAGGUUUAUAACAAAGUCGGGAGCACCAAUGUCAGCACUUUAGUGAAUGUUCACUUCGCCCCCCGGAUUGUAGUUUACCCAAAGCCCACCACCACAGACAUUGGAUCUGAUGUGACCCUCACCUGUGUCUGGGUUGGGAAUCCUCCCCUCACCCUCACCUGGACCAAGAAGGACUCAAACAUGGGGCCCAGGCUUCCUGGCUCCCCACCCGAGGCUAAUCUCUCUGCCCAGGUCCUGAGUAACAGCAAUCAACUGUUGCUGAAGUCAGUGACCCAGGCAGAUGCUGGCACCUAUACCUGCCGGGCCAUCGUGCCUCGGAUCGGAGUGGCUGAGCGAGAGGUACCGCUUUAUGUAAACGGACCUCCUAUCAUCUCCAGCGAGGCGGUACAGUUUGCUGUGAGAGGUGAUGGCGGUAAGGUGGAGUGCUUUAUCGGGAGUACCCCACCUCCGGAUCGAAUUGCAUGGGCAUGGAAGGAGAACUUCCUCGAGGUGGGGACCCUGGAACGCUACACCGUGGAGAGGACGAACUCAGGCAGCGGUGUGCUGUCCACGCUCACCAUUAAUAAUGUCAUGGAGGCGGACUUCCAGACCCACUACAACUGCACUGCCUGGAACAGCUUUGGACCAGGCACAGCCAUCAUCCAGCUGGAAGAGCGAGAGGUGUUACCUGUGGGCAUCAUUGCCGGGGCCACCAUCGGUGCCGGCAUCCUGGUCGUCUUCUCUUUUGCUGCCUUAGUGUUCUUCCUCUACCGACGUCGCAAAGGCAGUCGAAAGGAUGUGACGUUGAGGAAGCUGGACAUCAAGGUGGAGACGGUGAAUCGGGAGCCACUUACGAUGCACUCUGACCGGGAGGAUGAUACUGCCAGCAUUUCCACGGCAACGCGGGUCAUGAAGGCCAUCUACUCGUCCUUUAAGGAUGAUGUGGAUCUGAAGCAGGACCUGCGCUGUGACACCAUUGACACCCGGGAAGAGUAUGAGAUGAAGGAUCCCACCAAUGGUUAUUACAAUGUGCGCGCCCACGAAGAUCGCCCGUCCUCCAGGGCGGUGCUGUAUGCUGACUACCGUGCCCCUGGCCCUACUCGUUUUGAUGGGCGCCCAUCAUCCCGCCUGUCCCACUCCAGUGGUUAUGCCCAGCUCAAUACGUACAGCCGGGCCCCUGCCUCUGACUAUGGCACAGAGCCUACACCCUCUGGCCCUUCUGCUCCGGGUGGCACCGAUACGACCAGCCAGCUGUCCUACGAGAACUAUGAGAAGUUCAACUCCCACCCCUUUCCCGGGGCAGCUGGGUAUCCUACAUACCGUCUAGGCUACCCCCAGGCCCCACCCUCUGGCCUGGAGAGGACCCCCUACGAAGCGUAUGACCCUAUUGGCAAGUAUGCCACCGCCACUCGGUUCUCCUACACCUCUCAGCACUCAGACUAUGGCCAGCGAUUCCAGCAGCGCAUGCAGACUCAUGUGUAGAGGCUGGAUCUGGCUGGGGUAUCUCUGCGGGGCAGAGGAGAUGGCUUCCCAGCUGUUCCCUGACAUUCAGGGACAUUGCUCAUUGCUCCUUUCAUGGACCCAGCCUUUCUCCUCCUGGCCAUCACAAAUGAGGAGCAGGUCUCCCAGUAACAUCCCAUCCCAAGGAUGGUGCUCUGCGCAGGCCCCAGUCUCCCGGGCCUGCCCUUUCCUCUCCUUCAGGAGAAUGUCUCUUCUGACCUUUGCUCUGCCUGACCCAAGCAUGGGGAAAGGAGAGGGGAGGUUGGGGAAGGGGAGGAGAAGGGAGAGGAGAAGAAUACAAUUUAUCAUUUCCUAUCUGGCCUGCUCCUCUGGUCUCCCAUAAGAGGGCAUGGAGCUAAGCUGAGGCGGGCAGGCUGCUGGAACGUGGGACAGCCACUAGUCCCGAUCUUGAUUUCUUUAUACCUUGUGUUCAUCUUUCCCAUCUCAGGGGGUUACAGACGGAACAACAAGUUCAGAUCCAGCCCUUGGUCAGUUGGGGUCAAAUGCCAGUCCCCCUGGCUGCUGUGGUAUCCAUCUGCCUGAGUGGAGAGGGCUUCAUAAAUCCCCAGGAACACGGUUUCCUUUCUUCUCAGCUUUGUGCUGGACCAGCCAGAUGUGUCCUGGAUGUGAGCAAGGAGGGGUCAGGGCCAGGCUCUGGUUGAUAGGCCAAGGACCAUGGUGUAGUGCAUGGCAGUUCCCAGAUCCACCACUAGUGGGAGCCACACAAGCUUCUCUCCGGUAUCUGUCCCACUUCUUGGUGUUAACUCUUGAGCCUUGGAGAGUUGGGGGGAACAGAGGCUAACUUUUCCUGGGGCUAUUUUUCAAAAGCAAUAAAACCUCAUUUGGAAAGAAAAGCUGUAGGGGUUUCCCCCACUAUACACAAGUCCCGUGGAAAAGAGAGGGUCACCUGCCCUCUGCCAGACUCCUAAGUCCUUGUAUUACUAUAUCCAAGUCUCUAAGCACUUUGAAUCUAGCAUAUACAUCCAAAUGGUGAGACCUGCCUGCUGGUGGAUUCUGAUAAGAGUUAAGCAGUAUCCCGAGUCUCAGACUCAGCUAUCCUACCCUGUCUAUCACAGCUAGAAACUACCUUGCAGAUGGCGUGGUAGAUACUUUAUCCAGACAAAUUUUGGUUUUGUCUCCUCCUCACUGCCCCCCACCCCACCCCUGACCAAUCAGAUUCCUUCUUCCAUUUUCAGUGCCUUGAGUGUCAGGUUUGUGAUGAUGUCCCUGUGUGGGGAGCAGGGACCUUGUGAGCUUGAGCUUGUCCCAUGUUAGCAUCCAAGGAGAGACAAGUGAGAGGACAUGAGGGGAUGGGGGCCUGGAAAUGGUGGCGAAGGAAACGUCUUACUGACCUAGAUGGAGAUCUUAGUGUAGAACAACACAAACGGCACUGAAUUCCAUGGGCCAUGCUAUCUUUUCCCACACAGCAUGCACACAUGAGCACACACACAUUCCGUGCCACAUCUCAUCUACCACCUUCUGACCAAAGAGAAUCUGUAACUCGUAGCUCAGCCUCAUCUUCCCAAGAAAACAACUGCCCAACAGGAGCCUACUGUCCAUGUCCCCGCUGAGACCUGCGCGAUGGGAGGGAGUAGUCCCAGAAUGCUCCUUGCUUUUUCUCAUUGGUCACCAUUCGUUAGUCAUGUUUACUUUAAUGAGCUACAUGUUCAUCAGGCACGGUCCAUCACUAACCUUCUAGAUGGGCCUGUGGGGUGAUAUCUGAGGCUAUCUCCUUCUCGAUAAGGACCAGGUGAUAUCUGGGAAUCAGGGAGUCCCGUUUCCAGCCUGGCAGGCAGCUGCUGCUUCCUCCUCUCCUCCUCCUCCUCCAGUGAAUGCGUGCACAGAGUGGGCCCUUCCUGCAGCAGUGACCGACUUGUAGCUGCAUCCCAGUUCAGAAGACUCACGCUCGCAGAACCCUUUCAUGAGAGCUCAGUGGGGCGGUGGGUUUGCAGUGUAGGUCCUUGUGAAUAUGGAUUCAUACAGGCUUUCAUGUUCUCUGACCUCUGAAGCCGUGGGUGAGCCAAACACUUCUGAAGUCUAAAUAGAGUGGCAUUUUAUACUCCCUAAAGUCAUCAUCUUGUGUGGGGUUUGGCUUGAUUCUCUUGUUUCUCUCUGAUUUAAGUAGUAGGUCCCUCCUAUGGAAAUAAGAGCAGCACUAAGGAGAACUCUGAGAGUCAAGCGCACAGCCAUGCGAGGGACAGGAAACAGCAACUGAGACAGACUCCUGCCACUCACACUCCGCAAUCAGAAUCAGAGUUGGGCCCUGCUGAAUGACCAGUGUUGCUUGUCGGGGGAGUUGAAAGUCCCUUAAUCACGAGGCUCUUCCGUCUGAAGCUAGCAUCUUCCAGCAUGUUGGUACUUUGAGUCUAAGCACCCUGGGUGCUGUUGCUUUAGUUGAAAGAAUAAGAAACCAAGAGUCGAGAGAUCCAGGAUCCCAUUCUGCGGCUGCUGUUUGCUGAGUAACCCUGGUCUGACCUCCUUAUUUUCCGUGCUUCCAUCUUCUGGUCUUUCCCUAAACCUAUUCUCUGUUGGCUGUGUUCAUCUGGGGCAGGAGAUUGCCCAUUCCUCGGGAACAGUGAGCAGUCUCGGUGAGGCUUGGGGCAGGGAGGCACAGCCUGCUAGAAGGAGCUUUAACCACCAACUUCUUGAUCUUGUCUGUCACCCUACCCCUGAGUGAAAUGAAGUUAUUGGUGUUGCUCUCAUCUUAGAUUCAGUAGGCUGCUGUGAUCACGGUAGGGCUCGGUCAUGGAUGCGGUCUGCGGCAGCACAUACAGACUGGGAGAGGCAGAGAAACUGUCUUCUACUUCAGUCUUCAGGAACAGUCAUCUGGCCUAAAGACUGCUCUCCCUGUUCCCCCAACAAGGUGAAGCCUACAUCCCCCCCGCCCGUGCCCCCCUCCCUGCAGUCUUGAAUCAGAAAGCAGGAGAGAGAGCAGCUGACCCCGCCCUGUAGACUGAAAGGGGUGUUCCUAGCAGGAAGAAGGGGUUAGUGGUUUUUAUAUAAAUGCUGCAUAUGUUAAAGGUUCUUGUGGCUCUGGAUAGGCCUUGCCCUUUGUAGAGAACCCAGCCUGCUUGCUGAAUCCUGGUCCCCACCCCAUCCCCACCACUGCCAAAGUCUAACUACAGACUAUGCAUGAAGCAGGAAAGAGAGAGGAAAGCUCGCAGGAGCAGGGGCAAUGCUCAGCUUUCACAAAUGUCUGGGUCAGAACGAAAAACAUGAGCUCAACUAAUGUGAUUCUGGGUGAGACAAGACACAGUGACCCGUGUCUUCCCCCUUGUGCUCUGUCAGGAGCCAUAGCUCCUGGGAUCCUUAAGAUAGAAGUGGGUGACCCGUGUACACUUGGCCCCCUGCAUAGCAAUGUUAGGCAAUUGGGAUUUAUAGAAACUCACGUUAAAGCCAAAGACCGUGUUUGGGCAUGUAACGUCUACUGGCUUAGUCACUGCCUCAUCCUGCUGUGUGAGCAGCUCUGUUCCUCUGGGUGAAUUGCAUGAACUCCCAAGGCCACUGCAGGCUCAAAACACCUGCUUUCCCUACUAUUCCAUUUCUGUGGAACCCGAGGCCAGGCGCUACACCCAUUGAGCCAAGCGCUGACGGUAAUACAAUCCUGGGGACACAGACCUCAAGACUCCACUGGGGGUGCAUUGACUGUUAUGGAAGGACUCUAAAGUUGUCACCUAAACACCACAUUCCCUUCUCGCUGCGAUUUUUCUUUCUCCUCUCCUAAAGACAGUACAUUCUGACCAGUGCUGGCUGACCUUCCUCAGCUGCUGACACCACCCGUGGGCCAGUAAAGAGGACUGAGGUCUGUGGCUUGUUGUAUGGAUUUGAGAGGAGGGUGCAACAUUCAGUUUUCCAGCAUCACUGUGAGGGAACCUUUCCCAAGGGAAUGUAAUUUUUUGCACAGAAGACAGAGGCCACACUAGGAAGUCCUGGUGCAAACCUGCUCUUAACAAAAGUAAUGAUUCUGUGUGCACAGAACUCCCCUUACCAGCCCUGUUUGUAAAACCAUCUUAGGCUUUUAAUGUUCACAACCACUGGCCUUUGCGAACUGGUGGCCAGACUGUUCCAUUGGUUUCAGGAGCUGUCCAUCGCCCCUGGGAAUACCAGGAUGGAAGGGGGCGGGGAAAGAGGGGAGCAUUCAGUUUGCUGAUACAAUCAAUACAUAGGCUUCUUAGCAAAAGUGACCCACAAGGCCUCCACUUUUAACAAGGUGCCCAGGUCAGACUGCCAACCCCAGUCAUUCCUCGGAUUGUUAUCUCCAUCUGAUGCCUGUUGAAUCUUCUCUACCCAAAUCCUCCUCAUAAAUGGAUCCAUGAUGACAGCUAAGAGAAAAAAAAUAAGUAUUUUUGUUAGGACAAACCAUCAUAGAUUUUUAGCAAUGUGUAUCUGUGUGUCCUUUAUGCCUUUCCUAUUCUGACAUUUUUUCUUUUUUUUUUUUAAAAAAAUAUUGUGUACUAUAUUUUUAGUCUCAAACACACUAUAUAUUAUAUAUUUAAUUUUAUAUAUAUAUAAAUAUAAAUGUUUUAAAAAGUA